AGAGAUGGAAACGGACCGCGAACUGCAGCAGGAAAAACUACGCACUUCCCAUAAACACGUAAAAUCAGAGGACAGUGAUGAGGAUCAGGAUCGUUGGAGCGUUUACAAGACUCAGCUCGAGAACAUCUGUCAGAGCCUUCAGUAUCUGAUCUUACAAUAUCAGGACCAGCUCCCCUCGGGUGUGCAGGGUUCUGUAAAUGUCCAGAGCUUGGAAAGAUCUCUGAAAGACUUGCUCAGUGAACUGAAACAGACGCGGAUGCCCCUGGCGUUCGAGUCUGUAGGCACAGACAAUCUCAUGAGUCGACCAAGUGCUCAAGCUGUAAAUGAACGGGUGCUACAUCACAACUCUGAGUUACCAAACUUUGUAUCAAGACUGACGGAAGAAAAGAUGGAGCUACGCAACACAUUAGGGAGACUGGAGGAGGAAAUAUGGAGAUACAGACAGAGGGGUUCCGAACACCAGAAUGGACACGAUCUGACAGAGAAUCUGACAGAUCAGGAAAACCGACAUCUGGAAGCCCGUGCAACAUGGGCCAAAGAACGGCUCUCUCUGCAACUCACCCUCAAUCAGACGGAACAGGAACUGGACAAAUGUCGGACAGAUCUCAGACUGGAAAGGGAGCGUCGAGCUGUUGACAGUGGACAUGGCACAGACGCAGACAGAGACAGGAUCCAGCGCCUGUAUGGAAAAUACCUGAGAGCGGACAGCUAUCGUAAGGCUUUGGUCUACCAGAAGAAGUACCUCCUGUUGUUACUGGGGGGAUUCCAAGACUGCGAGCAAACGACACUGGCACUCAUCGCCAGGAUGGGCGUUUAUCCAUCACCGGAAGAUCUCCGCAGGACCGCCAGACACCGUAGACCUUACACCGUGUUCCGGAGCGCCGCCAGGGUCAUGGUGGCUGUGUCGAGGAUGCGUUAUCUGGUGAGAAAAUGGAAGAGGGCCACAAGAGUGGGUUCCCCAGUGAUGGGAGGGACGGUCGACCUACAGCAAGGAUACACACCAGAUUCUAACAGUUACUCACCACCCCGCAUCAACACCCCGUCACGCUUGAGUGGCUUCGGACCUCUCGGCAGUCACACACCAUCGCCCUUCCAUCUCAACACACAAUCAUCGCCAUAUAGCCAUCCCUAUCUGUCUUCCAGUGUCAGCCAAAGAGGCAUCAUUAAUGGAGCUACUCCUAAUCACCCACUAGGGGGCACUUCAAGUGGUUACCAUGUCAAUGGGAGUGGGAUAACCAAUGGAAUUUCACCUUAUCAGUCAGUGGGUGGGGUUUCUGAGAGUUACUAUGCCAAUGGAAACUUCUCAGUUCAUACCACUCCUCCCACUAGAGAUUACAGCAGCAAACCACACCCCUCAGGGGAACAUUCAGGUGCUAGACGAAAAAUUUUAGCCUCCUCAUCUCCAUCAAAUCCUGUCUCCUCAUCGUCGCCCGUCCGUCGUGUGAGAAUCACGGAACCUUCAUCAUUACAUGAUGACUACAUCAGUCGAUUAGAAAAUCUACAACAGCGUCUCAGUGGAAUGGAUUCUGGUACACCAAAGUCAAGGUCGUAUCCACGGAGAUAGAACAUUAAACAUAAUCACCUCAGCAUUUACGUGAUGUCACUGUCACCUUGACCUCCAAGAGCAGCAUUUACAAAAUCCUUUAUUUUACGGCAAUCAAUGAAAAAUCAAAGAAAACAUUUUUGUUUCACGCAAACUUUUGUGACAAUUCUUGAAACUUUGAAAAUCAUGACAUGUAUAAAGACAGUAGUAACUGAAUCAAGUGUGAGGAAUGUUGAUAUGGGAACAAAUCAUUCUAUCACAUUAAUUUUACUCUCAGAAAUCUGUGUUAUUCACCAAAGUCCUCAUGUUUGAGAAGAAUGUUUUUACUUUAGUUGAUUUACCAUUUGCCCCGUAUUUUUUUCAACGUAUUCCAUUAACGGUGACCGUUAUGCAAACAAUAGAGCAAUAUUUUAUGAUAUUAGAAAUAAUAUUACUAAAUGUAUGUUUCACAAAUAUGUAAAAAGUUGUGUUGCAAUAGUGGUGAACAUAUUGUGUGUGUGAGUUUUGUUCUGAGGUUUAUCGUUGAUUUUACUAUGAUACACUAGUCUGCUAAUGCUGUGAUGAUUAAAACAGUCUACGGAAGACUCGUCCACUUGUCAAUCUAUUGAAGAAAAGGUUGCAUCUUUUUAUACUCUGUUUCAGAAUACCUAAGUGACAAAAUCAUCUUUGAUUUUAAUGACACAAAGGGAAAUAACUCUGAAUAAAAAGGACACUGUAUAAGUAUCAGGGGAAGUGAGAAUAUCUUAUUAUAAAGUGAUUUGUAGGAAAAUCUGCUCCUUGUAAAUAUUUUCCUUCAUUUCUAUUCAAUCUUUUUAAAUAUUUUAAGGAUUUUGGUAUUUUUAAAACAAAAAUACUAAUAGUUGGUGUUUACAAUAGUUGUUAUUGUUUAAUUAGUUUUAUGAGUUGAAUAUCAUUGUUUUGAUCAGUAUCAUGUUCUAAACUGUUUAAGGAAAGCUCUCAUUUGAUGUGUGCAGUACUCGUACAAUAGCAAUGUGCUACUGUCAAAUCCAGAUGUUUGUUUAAAGGGAAACUUUGAUUCAUAUUUCCAGAAAUAUUUCAAGAAGUGAACAUCAAUCAGUGAAAAGAGAAGCACACACUGCAAUGGAAAUAAAAUUGAUUUAUUUUAAACCAUAUAUACAUGUAUAUUAACAUUCUGUGUCAUUUGAAUUAGUCACUUGAUAUUUUGAAUGAAUUUCAUUAGUGUCAUCUAUAAUGUAUAUAAUUUGGAAUAUAUGUUUGAAUUGGCCAUUAAACAAUCAAAAUACUUUAAACUUUA